UGGCUUCCGCUGACCAUGGCGGGCGAGCUUGAGGGCAGCAAGGCGCUGAGUGGGCUACUGAGCGGACUGGCGCAGGACGCUUUCCAUGGGCACCCAGGCAUCACAGAGGAGCUGCUGCGGAGCCAGCUCUAUCCCGAGGUGCCACCCGAGGAGUUCCGCCCCUUCUUGGCGAAGAUGAGGGGGAUUCUUAAGUCAAUUGCAUCUGCAGACAUGGAUUUCAACCAGCUGGAGGCAUUCUUGACUGCUCAGACCAAAAAGCAAGGUGGGAUCACAUCUGACCAAGCUACUGUCAUUUCCAAAUUCUGGAAGAGCCACAAGACGCAAAUCCGAGAGAGCCUCAUGAACCAGAGCCGUUGGGACAAUGGACUUCGGGCCCUGACCUGGAGAGUGGAUGGCAAGUCUCAAUCAAGGCACUCAGCUCAAAUACACACCCCUGUUGCCAUAAUUGAGCUGGAAUUUGGGAAAAAUGGACAGGAAUCUGAAUUUCUUUGUUUGGAAUUUGAUGAGGUCAAGGUCAACCAAAUCCUGAAGAAGCUCUCAGAGGUAGAAGAAAGUAUCAGCACACUGACGCAACCUGCCUAACUGAAGAUGAUUUAGAAAGGAGUUGAUGGUGUUGAAGUAAAAGUGUUCAUGAUCCCUCUCCAUUGGCCUUUUUAAAAUCUUGUUCCACCAGUGGAAUUAAAUCCUCAAAUUGAAA